UGCAUUAAAAAAAAAAAAAAUCCCUUUAAAUCGUUUAAUUUCUGCUGUAAGAUUUGGGAACUGGCACGAGGGGGCGCUAACACUUAUUAAUAAUGGCUUGACAGAUGCCGAUGAUAGGCCUAAUCACCACAUGACUCAGUGUUCACCUUCCUCUUCUGUUGAGCUGCUGCUGUGUCUCUGUCUCGGUUGUGUUCCUCUCGCUCUGUCCUCAGGCUCUGUGUCUGCUUUUACAGCACGAUUGAAGGUGACAGGGACAGAGAGGAGGGGCGGGAGAGAGGAUGCAGCGCGGUGUCGCCACUCGCCAGGGGCAGCACAACACGACGAAAAAACGACGGAGAAACCGCGGAACUGAACCACAGAAACGGAAAGAGAGUGUUGAAGGAAGUCACCGUUCCACUAAAGUAGCACAACCACCUGUCAUAAGCAAAAAAAUACGGAAAGUUUAUUUUUGAUUAACUGUGGAAGAAAGCUAUUCAUUCUCCUCAGUAAAGUGUUGUAGUUCGCCUCUCCGACUGUCCCAGGAUGAACUGCGCGAGCUAUUUGAUAAAGCUGCUCCGCUCGGCUUUGUUUUAAGCCUUGAUGAAUAUUUGUCGUGGCGUUGUUGCUAUGGUGACCAUCUCUUCUCCCUCCACAGCCCCCUCCCGCCCCACUUUUAACCCCCAGCGCUGAAAAAGAAAAGAGGGCAGAAGUGUCUGCAGAUGCAUUUCUAUUUCUCUGUCACUCCACACACACAGUUCAUUGUUAACAAAGCAAGUUGUCAGGAAACCCUUAAUAAUAUUUCAAAAAGAGGGAUAACUUUGCUGUGCUGCCGUGGAUGUGCUGCUCGUAAUGUAACAGCUGGCUGUAGUGGUCAGGUACAUGAUGUUUGAGAGGUUGACCAUGCUGAACAUCCAGAGCACCUCAAACUGGAGUGGAGCAAAUGACUGGUACCAUCCGCAGAACGCAGUUCCCAGCCAGCGCAGCACUGUUUCCGAUGGCUGCCUGGUGGAGACGGAUGGGAGGAUGGAAAGUGAAGGAAGACAUGUGGAAAGAGAUGAGGGAGAAGAGUCUCAACUGAGGCUGCAGCUGAAGAGGAAACUUCAACGCAACAGAACCAGCUUCACAACAGAGCAAAUCGAGGCCUUGGAGAAGGAGUUUGAGAGAACACAUUAUCCAGAUGUUUUCGCACGGGAGCGACUCGCAAACAAAAUCGACCUUCCAGAGGCAAGGAUACAAGUGUGGUUUUCCAAUCGGAGAGCCAAAUGGAGGCGUGAGGAGAAGCUUCGAAACCAGAGACGGUCUGGAGGCGGGACUUCCUGUGUUCAAAAACAUGCGCCACUGAGCACAUCCUUUAACUCAGCUGUCUAUCAUCAUCCGCAUGGCAACAGUGCAGCAUCCAUGCUCAGUCAGAGUGACACGGCUCUCCCCGGUUACAACACUCUGUCAGUCUACUCUGGGGUUCAGUCGGCUCCUUCUCCAUCUGCCUCCUCAUACUCAUGCAUGCUGCCUCCGUCCCCGUCUGCACUUCGCUCGUUUGAGACGUCGUACUCCUCUCCCCAUCUACCACCUCCUCCUUCAGCUAACACCAGCACAGGCUUGAUUUCUCCAGGCAUUUCUGUACCUGUCCAGGUACCAGGAAAUGAUCAAAAUAUGGGGCAGUAUUGGGCCAGACUGCAGUGAAAAGAAAGGGGGAGGUAGAAUUUGCAUUAGAAUACUAAACAUGUAUGUUUACAAAAGGUUAAAAAAAAAAACUCUGAGGAAAAUAAUCAUCUGAUGGUUAAACCUAAAGAACAAAAUUCCUUAAUUUGACAUGCACAUUUAUUUUAGCCAUAUUUUUAGAUCUGAUGACAGUGUGCUAUAUUUGCUUCCAUUCAAUUGCAGACAAACAGGAAUGUAUAUGAUUUAUAUGAUGAAGCAUUGUGCAAUGACAUCCGUGCUGUUUUUUAGCAAAUGUCUUUUCAGAAUCAUUGCCGUAAGUUCCUGGUAGCAACUUAGCACAAUUGGGAAUCAUACUGUAUUAUGUUUUAAUAACAUAACUGAGGUUUCAACUUCUUUUGAUAAUUCCUCAUUUCUCCACUGUAAUUUUCCCAUUAAAAUAAUUUAUUUGUUGUGAUCGUUUUCAUAAUCAGAUAUGUGAUAUAUCACUUUUCAUGAAAUGUUUAUGACCUUACCCUUUCACAAACCUCAGUAAGCUUGUGACAAUCAAGGCAAAUGCCAAGUUCAAUCAGAGAAGGGACUGAAAGCCAGUCAUAUUUGCACUUAAAUGGUUACUCCACACCAAAAUGAAAAUUUUGUCAUUAAUCACUUACCCCCGUGUCGUUACAAACCUAUAAAGGUUCGUUCAUCGUUCAAUCUGAAUGUUAUGAAGCAAAGAAAAUACUUUUUGUAAGCAACGAAAACAAAAAUAACCACUUUAUUCAACAAUUCGUCUCCUCUGCAUCAGCGUAGCGCCAUUUUGGAGAGUAUAUAUCUUAAAUAUAAAAUAUCUUAAAUUGUGUUCCGAAGACGAACAAAGCUUUUACAGGUUUGUAACGACAUGGGAGUAAGUAAUUAAUGACAAUAUUUUCACUUUGGGGUGGAGUAACCCUUUAAUCAAUGACCAGUAAACAGCUGUUUGAUUUAAAAAGCAGAAAGCAGUGACAAUCACAUCAAUGAAUACUAUAUGCAAAAUUUAUCGCCAAAAAUCUCCAGCAUAUCUCAUCUGGCAAGCCAAAGUAUUUAUAUUGAACAUAGUGUCAUACAAUAUAUAUAUUUAUGACUCUGAGAAAAUGUUUGAAUCUUAGGAAACUAUCUCUGUGCUUAAACUACAGUUUAUGGAUUAUGUAUGAAUGCAAAGACUCUCUCUCUUUGUGUGUGUGUGAAGGAGAGAGAGAAAUAAGGAUUUACAAUGUGGUCUGAAAACACUAGUGAAAUUGCUCCUUUUUUCAUUCUUUUUCAAUUAACAAGACACUUUUUUGGUUCAAAUUUUAUCAGCACUACAUGAAAAGUUGAACUGAAAAAUUUUACAUUAAUUUCAGAAUGUUCAGAAUCUCGCUUUUUAUUUAAUGACAGCCACGCUUAAAGGAAUAGUUCACCCAAAAAUGAAAAUGUGCUAAAACAUUUGCUCAUCCUCAGCUCAUCCCAGAUGUAGAUGAGCUUGUUUCUUCACUGGAACAGAUUUGGAGAAUUUUACCAACAUCACUUGUUCACCAGUGAAUCCUCUGCAGUGAAUGGGUGCCGUCAGAAUGAGAGUCCAAACAGCUGAUAAAAACAUCACAAUAAUCCACAAGUAAUCCACAAAACUCCAGUUCAACAAUUAAUGAAUUGUGAAUUGAAAAGCUGUGUUUUAGCUUUAAACUGUUUCUUUUGGACAUAAUUUAUUUAUAUUAUUAUUUAUAAUUACUGUAAUGUUUUUAUGAUAAAUUUCUCCAAAUCUGACAAUUCCUUUAAACUGGUAUUUUAAAAUAUUUUUACUAAAAUCCAAGGUCGUCAAUGUCAAUUUUGACCCUACUGUACUAUAUGUGGAUGUUGUGUUCACUCAAGAUAGUCAACCUACUUCAUGUAUGCAUU